AAGUGAGCAGCACAAGAGAGGGCCUGCUCUCUGGCUGGCAGAGAUAAGGAAAGUAGGUGAUCAGAGCAACACACAAACUCAGAGGUGCUCUUUCCUGCCGAGGUAUUUGGACCCCGAACUUUUGGAGGGAUUUCGUCACUGACCGUUGGGAAGGCUGCAUCCUUGUAGUUGGCUAAUCUGAAAGGCCAGCUCACAUUGACUUUGUUGAACAAGGUUUUUGGUGGCGUUGCUGGUUAGACAAUGAACUUUACAAUAGAACAAUCGCACAUCAUCACAAACUGGUUUUGCCAUAAAGCGGUCAAGCUUACUCGAAGUCGCUGACCACCAUGUCUUAUCCAAUGUAUAAUCCAUAUGCCUCUGGGAAUCAAUGUACCUCCCAGGACCAAUAUGGACUUGCUAGUGGACAAAUGGAGGGGACUAUAUGUAGGACAAUUACUAACCCUGUGCCUGGAUCCAGUUUAAGCCUUCCUGGAGCCCCUUCUACAAAUCCUGCCGGACUUGGGCGUCGAGUUGUGCAACAGUUAACCGGUGGGUCUAGUUUGCCAGUGAGAAACGGGCCGGGACAAAGUCAAACCACCUUGGACUUCAACAUGCAGACUACCUUCAAUAUCUGUGCCAGGGAAAACAUAAGAUAUCAACCUACAGGCCAAGGUGCUCUGUUUACCAGCAUGCAGAGAGACAUCUAUUCGCUCUCAACCACAGCAGAGUCGAACUAUUCUGCGUCAUCAGCUUCUCAAGAUCCUCAACAAUCCCGUGUUGUUGGUGGCAGUGGUUCUUUUAACUGGCUCCCAGGGUGCUCUGAAUCUUCUUUAAAUAUCCAUGAUUAUGCAGCUCAAUCAACCGACCACCUUCUACCCCACGAACCUGUAUGCACACCUCAACUGGCUGAAAGGAUUUUAAUGAGUUAUGGGCUCCAAAAGGAGGACUUGUAUGAGCUCAUAAAUUACCCGGAUGAAGAAACCACAGCGGAAAACCUACCGUACACUUUGCAAAAGAUUUGGAUGAAGAAUGCCAACAGAGCAAUCACACAAGAUGCUAUACCUCAACCCGCUGUAGGUGGAAAUGACAGAUUGGUUAGUUUUGGACAGCCAACACUAUUCCACAAUGAAAUGCCAUCAAUCAAUCAUCGCACAGUUGAAAUGGCUCAAUAUGGACAAAUUAGAAUAUGUACUCCAAAUACUCAGGAUGAGACAUUUGAGAACCUCCUCAGUAAGGCUCAGACUACCAGCAUGAGCUCAGGAAGAAAUGUUGUAGCUGCGGUUCAACAGGUGCAGACUCAAUCCAGCCAGACUGUUCAACCAAUCAUCCCCGCGUUGUCUUCACAAAACAACAACACUGACAUUACAACACCAAAGUUUGGCCUUUUUGGAGUUCCUCCUGGAGAAACACCAAUUACCCACUUUACAUCCAAAACACAGUCGCGCAGUGUUAUAACCCAGGGUGUAAAUUUUGGUGAACCCAUCCUUGUGCACACAGAAAGUGCUGAUGCAAAUUGUGCAAAGGCUCAAAGUAAAACCCAAGAGCGAGCUUCAAAGAUUGCAGAGGAGACAUCACAACAGGCACCACAGACAUGGAUGCAGAAGCCAUCACUAUUGCAGCUCACUCAAGCUGUGCAACCUGAGGAGCCUACUGCUCUGAAACCAGUAACUCCUCCUCCCCCUGUCAUCCGUACCGUCACAGAUGUUUCACACCCCAUUCCACAUUCUGGCAUCAACACUGUUUCUCCAACUGUCCCAAGCUUGGCUCUAGUUGAGACCACCGCCGUGCAAGGGCGUAAACGGCAGUCUCCAGUAAAACCUGCCACCUUCAAGGGUCUGCCAUCACUAGGCGAGAUGCAGGAUUAUGCUGCUACCAAACCAACAAGAUUCUCACACACCUGCUCUUUAUGUAAGAAGACAUGUGCUCAAAUGAAGGAUUGGAUUGACCACCAGCAAACCAGCCUGCACCUUUUGAACUGCAAACGUCUUCGGAGACAAUACCCAGACUGGGAUGGCAAAGUAACACCACGGCAAAGUGAUACCAUUACAAGCAAGAUUAUACCCUCAACCUCUUACCACACUUCCCAGGGUCAUCAAAAGAAAACCAGCGAUGGGAGUCAUUCCCGUUCUUUGUCUCAUAGCCCUCGCCGAUGUUGCACUUCUAGAAACAGAAAAGGCUCUUCCAGCAGCAGUUCUCGCUCUCAAAGUCCUCACCGACGCCGCAGUUCUAGGCGUAGAAGGUCCUCUACCAGCAGUACUUCUCGCUCUCGUAGCCCUUACCGACGCUGUGGUUCGAGACCUAGAUGGGCCACUACCAGCAGUAGUUCUCGUUCUCAUAGUUCUCACAGACGAUGUGGUUCUAGACAUAGAAGGGGAACUUCCAGCAGUAGCUCUCGCUCUCAUAGCCCUCACCGACGUGGCGGUUCUAGACGUAGAAGGGGAACUUCCAGCAGUAGCUCUUGCUCUCGUAGCCCUCACCGACGUGGCGGUUCUAGACGUAGAAGGGGAACUUCCAGCAGUAGCUCUCGCUCUCGAAGCCGCUGCCGCAGCUCUGAAGAUCGAAGGAGAAAACUGAGGAAAAGGACACAAUCACUGCACAGCCCCAGGGAGAGUCGCAGGUCGCCGUCCAGCCUUUUCUCUACGCGUUACAACCACAGUAUCGUCUCCCGUUAUUCGAGACGUGCGAGUUAUAGUGAGGUACCAAAAGGAAGGUAUAACAAACUUGGCUCACCAAGACGGAGUUCCAAGCUGAGGUCUCCUCCUAGGACAAAUGAUGUGAGAUCGGGGUCCCCAAGGAGGGACCUUAAGCCAAGAUUGUCACCAAGGAAAUGCCGUGAGCAGAAAUUCCCCCCAGUCACAAGCAGAGAACGACAAAUCUUACAGAGUCGUGAUGAAAAACAGCGGUCAAGAAAGAGCCCCAAUAGACAGUUGUCUCCUAGAAGUGUCGAGAAAGAGAAGUCACGAGGGAGGAGCCGUGAGCGACGACGUUCACCAAGAAAAAGCAUUGAGCAGCAGCAGGUGUUGCCAAGAAGAGCUGGUAACAAACAGACACCAGUGAGGACCGAUGAGCGAAAGUCAUCGCCGAUACUUGAUGACAAACGUCAUUCACCAUGUUCGGGGAAUCGUGACAAACUGCCAUCGCCAAAAAGGAAUGAUGGAGAGCAACCAACAAAGAAGUGGGAUGAGCUGUCUAAAGUAAGUGGAAGCCGUAAGCGACAGCUGUCCCUAGAAGAAUCGUCUUCUCAGCAAAAGAGGUCAUGCAGUGAACAAACGCUAACAGGACAUCUGAAUUCAGGCUUUUCUGUGCCAGAGCAGCCACUCAGCGCCAGUGUGUUUGAGCCUUUAAUUAGUGUUGUACUUGCUGAGCAAGCCAAAAGGCAGGCAUCUUCAUCGCCACACUCAUCCUUUGCUUCACUGACCAAAACGAGGGAGGCUUCAGAAUCAGAGGGAACCAGCCCAGCCUCUGCUUUGUCGUCCACUUCCUGCAUGCCAGAAAAAUGUGAUCAGUUUGCUCAUCUUAGUAAACCAUCACCUCCAACCAUGUUGAGGCUCAAGGGGAAUUUUGACACACUUUCUCAUGGUGAUAUGAUUGCAGCCAUGGAGUCCUUUGGAAAAAUAAAAUCCCUCUUAUUGUUUAAGUCUAAGCAAGAGGCGACCGUGUGUUUUGAGAAGGAGGAAGAUGCCACCAGACUUAGGAGUAAAAAAAACCUUGAGAUAAAAGGAGUAUCCCUCACAUUUGUCACAAAACAGGAAAGUGCUUCUGAGGCACGUCCGCCUACGUCUGCAGAGGAUCAGAAAAACCCUUCUCCAGAAAAGCCUGCUGUUUCCCAUCAGUCUAUUUCUGGUAGAAACCUGGUUCUCCUGCCAAUUAAAGCGCUUUUGUCUUUACAAAGAACAUCCAAAAAGAGCACAGCAGUCAAACUUGUGAAAAAAGCAAUCGUCUUGGUCUCCAAAGGAAAGAGUGUCUCCAAGAAGCUGCAGGGUCUCAAUGGAAAAGCAGUCAGCUUGGCUGCGAAACAGUCUGUGAAAUCAGCUAAGGGGAAAAAAGAAGCCUCAAAGCCAAAAAAGACACCAAUUCCUGGACAAAAAUCAUGUAGGAAGUCGAAAGUGGACGUUAAAGAUCCUGUGACCGUUGCUGAAAAAAAUCAAGGCAAGGAAGACCUCCCAAAGCCAGAAACCACAAGCAAACUAAGGCUUAAAGAGGACAAUGAAUCUGAAUCUGUGGGCAAAGCGAUGAAACCGUCAGAAGCCAAGGCCCUGCAAAGCGAGUCGAGUGAAAAUCGUCCACAGAGUCGCAGGAAAGUGGAAGAAUCUGCUGCAAAGUCUUUAAAUACAGCUCCAGCGUCGGCAGCACAAACCGUUGAGGCUGAAAUCUCAACAGAAAACGUCCAGGAAUUUGUAGCAUCACCUGAAAACCCCGUUAAAGUCCUUGAGACGAUUGGUGUCACGGCGACCGAAGCAAACGAGCGGACCCACGCUAAAGAAGUUGGCACCGAGAUGAAAAACGUGACGGGUGCUGAUUUAUCGGAGCUGGAAAACACCGGAGUGUCAGAGCCAUUGAAAGUAGAUCCUCUCACGGAGAAAGAUCAGAAACCAGCGGUGGAAAAGUCCUCUCCCCCCAAACUUAAAGACGCUGGACCGCCGGUCAGUGAAGUUGGGACUGCGGUGAAUGCAAACCAAAUGACCGCCCAAUGUCCAGACACCUCUGUCAGAGCUUUGACCCAGGUCCAAAUGAGCGGCAUGUCAAAUCCAGAACCCACUGCACUGAAUCUGAAGACCAGCGUGAAACCUUUACAGACGGAAGCACAGGCUGCAGGAAGCUCGGCCGGAUCGCCUGUUGAGACGGUGCCAGCAGUCGUGAUGAAAACAGAUCAAAAAGAUACUGUCGUUACAGCAAAGACUCAGACGAGCCCGGUUCUGAAUCCUCCGGCCGUCUCGCCAGCAGCAGCUCAAACCAGCGUGACCGUUAAAACCACCGCAGCGCUGGGUAAAAAGCAGCCGGCUGUUCCCGCAUGUCCAGCUUUUGAUACCUCCCUCACUGCUGGAGAGAAGCUUGUGCCUGAAUGCCUGGAUCGGCUGAUAUUGAACACCAAAGCAUGUGUUAAGGCGGAGAGCAUCCUGCUGGGCGGGCCUUUCAGUGUCGACUCGACGCUGCUGUUAAUAACCGACCUGCCGAUGUACAACAGCUGCAGCUACACCGAGAAGGAAGUCGUUAAUCUGCUUUGUAAAUUUGGGUUUCAGUACGCGCACGACAACAUCUAUAUUCUUCCUCAGGGAUGCAUGGCUUUUGUACUGAUGCCCAAUGAGCGAUCAGUGAUGGACCUCAUUAGGGCGUCGACACACAACCACCUCGUCCUCAAGCAACAUAAACUUUGUUUGCACAUUGUGAAAAAAGACAUCUUAAUGACACCGCUUGGCUUUUAUAAAUCGAUCAUGGAGCUGGCAUCUUUUAAAGUUGAGGGGACAAAUUCAAUCUACAUCAAGGACAUCUCCCCAAGCGACACCAUCGACGUCCGAGAGGCUUUGAGAAAGAUCGGAUCCGUCAGAAACUUCCUGCCCCUGCUCAACAAGGUUUUUGUUGAGUUCGACUCUGUUUACGACGCCGAUCGCCUGGCAAUUUGGUGCAGCCUCAUGAAAGUGGGCUUUGCUUAUUCUGUUGAAAGGCUGAGAAUACCGAGAAGCUGCAGGAAAGCACAGCCACCAAAACAGCCUCUGAACGCGCAGCCGGACUGUGACGAGAUCAUUGCUGGGGCAGAAAUACCAAAUGCAAAAUACGGCAUCCCUCAAGGCACAGCGCCGCCAUUUUGGGUGACCAUGACCACGAUUCCUUAUGUUUUCCCAACUGUCUGCCCUUGGUUUAACAUCCCAGAUUUCCUGACAAUCCGCGGAAAGAAGGACCUUUCGAUACAACCCCAUCCUGGCUCUGCGUACUGCACCGUAAUGUUGACAGGUUUACCAGAAGGAAACUACAAGCACAAAGACGUCGCUAAGCUGGUGUGGCGUUAUUUCCCCAAGCAGAACCUUCAGACUCUCUACUACAACAUCUUGGUCCUACCACUGCAGAGGCGGGCCUUUGUAUUUUUCUGUGACCGGGAGGCAUGCUGCAGUUUUGUUUUGGAUCAUGUGAAAAAGCCAGUUUGUGUCAGGAGCUGCAAUCUCACCGUCCACUUCGUCUUACAGGACAUUCGUCCUGGACCCAGCGAGGAAAUCAUGUACAGAGCUAUGAUGAAAUGGAGCAACGCUCAUGUUCCAGGGCUGGAUUUCUUGGAGAAGCGACUGCUGUGUGUGGAAAUCCCUAUACUAAAUGUGGACCUCAUCAAGAGCAUAAUGAAGGAAAUAGCUUUCAUCGCUAGCUUUGUCAACUACCUGCCACUCGCUAACAGGAUUUGCAUCGAGAUGCUCGAAGCUGGCGGCGUAAAGCAGGUGCUGGACAAAAUUGCCUCAAUGGAGAAUUUGUCGACACACUCAACCUGGAGCAAAGUUGGGCGUGUCGAGUGUUUGAAGGGCCUCAGAAAGCGUCUGGAGGAAUCUGAGCAGAUCACCUUAGAUCUUGAAGCGAGCUCCACAGGAGGUGGAGGUAAGCCUAGCCUCAUGCAGACGGCGACAUCUCUCCUUCCUGCUCAGACCUCUCGUGACGUUGCUCUGUCAGAAACUGCCAAAGCGGCUUCAUCAGCUGAGUCCACAGCUUCUAAGCCUGAAGAAGAAGGUGCACCCACGGUUUGCAAACCUGAGACAAAGCCAGUUGAAAGAUUUGCUGCACCAGCUGAAGUUCAUAAACCCGUAGGAGGAGCUACAGACCUUUCAGGGAAGGGACAAGACGCCAGAGUGUCUGCUGAAGCUCCCAACGCUUCUAAAUGUGAAGCAAAGCCGGCAGAAGCUGGUGACCCUCCUGAAGAUUUUAAACCCGGGGACAGAGCUGAGAAGAAGCCGGACCACGGCGCGUCUGCUGGACCUGCCGACGUUUCCGCAUCCAAAGAGGAGACGGGUGGGAAAGCCGUACGUCCUCACAGCUUGACCGCCCAGGUCAAGUCUUCGGAAGAGGAAAGUGCUCCUCACACGCCUCCUGAAUCGGCGGCGCUUUCUGAGAAAAAGGCUGAGGAGACGUCUAGUCUCUCUGCGCCUUCCAGACCAGAAACAGCACGAGCACAUCAGCCCUGCAAGAAUGACUCGGCUGCAGCAGGUGAGGGUUUACAAAACGCUGAAAAUGUUCUCAGACACACAUUUCUUCUUACCUUUUAGGGACAUUAGAACGUAUUUAAAUUAAUUUCCCUCUCAGUCAGUAUAGAACCACCUUUUGUUGCAGUUAGAGAUUAGAUGCAGAGCAUCAGUGAACAUAAAUUACCAAGUGUUGCACUGAUUUGGAUUUAGGUCUGGACUUUGACUAGGCCAUUCUAAAACAUGAACACGCUUGGAUUUAGACCACACGUGUCAAACUCGAGGCCCGUGGGCCAAAUCCGGCCCGUCAAGGCAA